AUGAAUCUAAUAACCACAGCCGUAAAUGCCGUAAGAACAAAAUCAAGUAAGCAAGCAGCUGAAACAGAAAAGAGUAUUGCAGCCAGCAAAGGGGAAACGGCGGGCCUCACGGUUUCAAGUGAUGGGUCGUGGCGGAAAAGAGGUUUCUCCUCGUUGUUCGGAUUUGUUACUUUGAUUGGAUGGCACACUGGGAAGGUGCUUGACGUCCUUGUCAAAUCAAAGUACUGCAAAUGUUGCGAGCACUGGAACAAGAAGUGCGAUACAGCCGAAUACGAGGAGUGGGCUGCUCAUCAUGAAAGCGUAUGCCAAACGAAUCAUAGCGGAUCGGCGGGUAAAAUGGAGGUGGACGCAAUUCUUGAGAUGUUUCGCCGCUCCGAAGAUUUGUACAAUACACGCUAUGCAUUCUACAUCGGCGAUGGUGACUCAAAAACUUACAAAGGCAUUGUCGAUGGUAAACCUUAUGAUGAUUUAGUAGUUGUCAAAAAAGAGUGCAUAGGGCACGUGCAGAAGCGGAUGGGCACAAGGCUGAGAAAUUUAAAAAAACAAGUUAAAAAUUUAGGUGGCAAAGGGAAACUUAUCGUCACGGACAAGCUUAUCGACGAAUUAUCUGUGUAUUAUGGAUUAGCUAUCCGCAGAAAUUGUGACUCCGUCGAAGCUAUGCGAAAUGAUAUAUGGGCCACCUUAUACCAUAAAAUUUCCACCAACGAAAAUCCCCAGCAUGAAAAAUGCCCGAUCGGCCCUAACUCUUGGUGUACGUGGCAGCAAGCCGCCGCUGCAAACACCCUAUCUAUUUAUGAUCAUAAGCCACCUAUGUCCACGGAAAUUUUCAACGCUAUUCAAAAAGUAUACCAGGAUUUAACAACAGAGGACCUGCUAUCAAGAUGUCUGGGUGGAUACACGCAGAACUCGAAUGAGAGUUUUAAUUCCAUCGUGUGGACGAUAGCUCCGAAGUCAAUUUCAAGUGGCAAGAAGAUUCUCGAUAUAGCGGUCGACAUAGCAGCCAUACUUUUUAAUGAAGGAUUCAAAGGACUUUUUGAAGUAAUGGCUUUACUAGGAUUAAAGAUUGGCUACGAGACUUAUAAUUUUUGCCACGAAAUCGACGAACACCGCGUAAGAGCUGCGGAGCACUCGUCGUCGGCAUCAAGAAAAGAGGCUCGAAAGGAACAUGUUUCAGCCAGGAAAGAAACUGAGGAGCAUAAUCUAAACUUGGAAGGGAUGCUUUAUGGUCCUGGCAUAAGCGAGUAAAGAUGAUGAUCCAAAAAAGUUAUUAGUUCGCCCGUGGAGCGCCUAAAAAAAAAGUGCUCUUACCGCAGCAGCGACUACGCCGC